AGUAAUACAAAAACCAGUCCACUUUUGACUAGCAUGACAUCAAAGUAACCAAAGCUAGCUCAAAUUCAAAAUCGUUCGGAAUGUGGAUGCGCCGUGUAUUGAAGUUAAAAGUGUGGCGAUUUUCUCGAGCAAAAUUGUAGUGACGUGCACGGCCAUAGACAUCAAACUUUGAUCGAUCGAAACAGAACAGUGCAAAUUGUUGAGUGUGCAUCAAAAGUAUGACUUCAUAACUUCCGCUCAGAUACAUCGGUCCAGUGAGUUUUGAACUUGGACCUUUACGCCUUUAAGUCUAUCUAGAUAUAUGGCCUAUCGAUUAGUCAGAAGAGAGUAGCGAGUUGCAACUGCGUGUGUUUGAAAUUCUACUGGGCUUUUUAGGGCAAAGGGGGAAAAGGGGAAACGUUUUUCAAUCUCUGCGUCAAAGAACCCAUUGAAAGCCUGCAAUCGAUGAUUUACUAACAUCAACAAAUUCCUAGCACUUGCUAAAUUACGAGUCACGAUGAUAUCCGCUGUAAUUCUUCGCAUCCUGGCCGAAUCGAAACGUCCUUUAUCAAUAGCAGCGAUAUGUCAACGGGUAAAAAGAACCUUUCCGGAAGCAAUUCCUUCACAAGUCUCACUGCGAACAGCGACUAUCGACAGUGUACUUCAACUAUGUGGCUUUGGGUUUAUCGUUUACGAUCAUCGGAAUUUCGGUUAUAAGCUGACCUACAGCUGGAAAGCGAAGGAAAAUUAUCAGUUCGAAAGACGGCUUCACAAAAUCCGUUCCGAGUGGCACAAACCCAUCAGAAGAAAGCAGUAUAAAUUUUUAAGGUUAUCAAGAGGAAAUUGAUGUGAAGUGUAGUAGUAAGAGUAGUAGUUGAGCUACGUUACAAUAUAAACUAGAUAUUCAAAUAUCCUUCUACUAACAA